GCCCCGCGGUUAGGUUAAUUUCCCCUUCCUAAUCAAUCUCUAAAUAUUCCGGAGGCUCUUCCUCUGUUUGCCUUUUCAUCGUCAUUUUGAUUUUUCUACCGGGGAGUCCUCAAUUCCAAGACAUUUUAUUACUGAAACGGUCACAGGAUCACUGCUGUGUUUUUUUACCAGGGUACAAUAAUCCAUACUCCAUGGGAGGUUGCAUAACCAAGACUUUCAAAAGAGGCCUUCAGAAGGUUCCUACACAAAGGCUUGGAGGACAAAAUGUUACACCCAUAACUACCAUCAGUAAAUGGGAAGAGAAGUUAUCAGAAGCAAAAAGGGAUAACAAGAUAAUGGUGGUUAGUUUCUGUGCAUCAUGGUGUGGUCCUUGUAAAGCAAUAUCACCGGUUUUUGCUGAACUAUCUAAUAAAUAUCCUUCCUUGAUGUUCUUAACGGUGGACGUUGACGGACUAGCUGAGUUCAGUACAUCUUGGGAUAUCAAAGCGACCCCUACUAUUUUCUUUUUGAGAAAUGGACGAGAAGUUGAUAAACUUGUAGGGGCAAACAAGGAAGAGCUCCAAAGGAAAGUAGCAGGUGUGGCCAGUUCUCAGACCAAGUUGACAUAAUUUUCUGUAUCUAAGCAAUGUAAUAACUAUCAUAACAAUAGAUAUACUUACCACUGUUUGGAAAUGAGAAAAAAGCUUCAAAAUUCAACAAAUCAAGGAAACAGGACACUCAUUUCCAGGUGAAGGGAAGUAUAUUUUGGA